ACUGAAAUGGCAUAUAGAACCAAACCUACCAGUCCCACUCAGAAGGCUCAGCCAAGCUGCACUGGGAAGACCAGCCUUGCAUACUUGGACCUGAAGAAGUACAAGAAGGAAGGCAGUCAAGCCAAGAGGGCUGGAACUGAAGACGAAUUUGUAAUGUGCAUGAAAAGAAAGUUGGAGUCCAUAGAGAAUAAGUUCAAAGUCGUACAGAUCAAGCAGAAGACGAGUAAGAGCACAAACAAUCCUUUUAAAUCUCAGGAUCUUAAUGUAGACUCUCAAGGAGAUUUCAGUGGAUCUUCGGCUAUUACAGGAGAGAUUUGUGUUGAAAAAAGAAAAUUUCAAGGUUUUAGGAGUCCUAGAGAUGCUGGCCAGAGAAGUGAGCAUUUAGCUCAUUAUGAGAAAUCUGAUACCUUGGAUUUAUCUUUGAUAAAUGAAAGAGAGAAGUAUAUUAACAGUCCAAAUGGUGUGCUGUAUCAGAGUUAUACAAAAAAUACUGGUCUAACAGAAUCAAAUAUUGAUCCAUGUAAAUUUAACUGAUCUAACUAAUGAUCAAUCUGACCUCUAGUUUAGAUUCUCCACCUCCAAAGCCCUCGGAAAACCCAGAUAUGUCUGAUUUUACCAUAACCAGUACAAUGCUUCCUUGAGGGCCUGUUCCAGUCAGGAAGAGGCCAAAUAAUUCUAAAAGAGGUUUGAAGCAUUCUAAUUCGCAAUACCUCGCUCAUUUAAAGAAGAAGUUCAUUAGAACUAAGAAAGGAUCGCCUGGAAAAUCCCAAAGGAGGAUGAAGAAGGAUCCUCAGUUUAUCAGAAAUAGUAGGGUCAAGAUUUCUGACUCUACGAAGCAAGUAUUAUUUUGUCGUCAGAAAUCAAUCGACUCUAAAACCCCAGUCAAGGCUAAAACAAGAAGGCAAACUAGAAAUAUGAACAAAAAUGUCAGUAUAAACAGCAGAAGAAGGUUAAAUUCUGAGCAAGAGAAAAGAGAGCUUAGAGAACAGUGUACAAAAUAUUUUCCUAAUAUUAAAAGAUGUAAAUCUAUGUAUAAAAGCCCAAAGGCUUCUAUCCCGAAAGCUAGGAAUAAACAGGACCAGAGAGAAUCUGCUAGAAAUAACAAAAGGAAGAGCUAUACUCCUUAUAAGUUUAAUGUGGUAACUAAGGAAGUUAACCUUGAAGAUACCUUGAACGACUCCAAGUCAGACGAUAUUGAUCAGGAUGAUUUUGUUCAGAAGUACCUCACUAAAAAUUUUUACUAAAUUCCUUCAGGAUAUAUUUCAACAA